AUGAGGUCAUACAACUUGACAUUAGAUGCUAUGAACUUUAACAACAACUUCACAACAACCAUUAACCCUGAAAUGCAAAAUUCUAUUAUGCCAUAUGUGAAAGUAUGGACUCAUACAGGAGGUCAAAAAACUCAAUAUACAAAUGGAGACCGUUCAAACUUUUGGCUUGGCAUUCCAUUUGCUGACUCAGAAGACUUUAUGGGUGGUAUUUCAACUGUUGGUACAGUUCAAAUACAAUAUACUGGUGACAGAGACGGUCCAGAUGAAUUGAGAGCAAAGAAGUUUACAAAACCAAUAGCACUUUUCACGGAAGAUGCUCUUUUGAAGAUUCGUUCGAUGAAACCUGCUGGGGCUCCUCAGAUUGGCAUAACGACAGCUUCCAUCGAGCAGAUUUUGGCAGCAGGUCAGUAA